UUCAUAGCUAACGGCCGUUUUAAACGGACCGACUUUUUUGUCAAAAUUUUCGACAUUUGUCUUUCAAAAACUUGGAACCUGUGUGCAGUCAUUUUAAACGUGUGACGUGAACUUGUGCAACUUGUGUAAAAAAAAAUGACGCCGUCCGUGAGUUGUAGCGCUCACUUCGAGAGAACACACACGACACAGCACAAACCGCGGAAAACACGACAUCAUGGACACCGACAUGGAUAUCACGACCACCCAGCGUGGCCGGCAGACCAAAACCCCGGCGAAAUUCCAGCAGACGGGCUCUCUCGGUGCCGCCGUAGGCGGUGGAGGCUUGCUCUCCAGCAAGAUAGUGCUGCUGCCUGGCAUCUCGGGGAACACUCAUGUUACCACGGGAGGCGCUGCCGCCACCAACACUC